AUGUCCACACUCAAUUUAGUGGACAAGAGAGAAAAUGCCUUUACAGUAGUCAAUCUUAUUAAUGUGCUUUUAAGUUCAGUAAAUAUUUGCUGUGUUGUAUUUAAUAUACUUUUAGAUCCUUGGAUGGCGCUGAGUAAUAAGUUUUUUUUGGGCGCUGCACUUACUCAAGUUGGAAUACUUUGUUGGUAUGCUGAUCAAAUUUAUGCUUCGAGCUCUGGAGUGGCUGAUGCGGCAUACGAAAGUUCCUGGUAUUCAUGUAAUAUACGUUGUCAGCGUGCGUUACUAAUUUUAAUACAGAGGUCUCAAAAACCUCUAUAUUUCACGGCACUAAAGUUUCGUUCUAUAACAAUGAGUACAUACAGCUCGAUACUAACAAGCGCUUAUUCGUACUUCACUCUUCUCUACACCGUAUAUCGUAGUGAUUAA